ACUCCGUCCACUAGGGGGCGCUAAUGCAGCAAGUUGGAUGCCGAAUAGUGGCACUGUACCGAAGAAGAAGAAGGUAGCAGCAGGUGCCUGAAGUGCCUGUUUCUUAUCUAGUGUUGUCCUCUCUGACGAAAUUACAGGAUGGCACAGUGGGGUGCCAUAUUCUCAAUAAUUACUGCACUUGGAGGAGCAGCUCUCUUAGCCUCAGUGCACAAGAUCGACGAGGGACACACUGGUGUUUACUACAGGGGAGGGGCUCUCCUGACCACCACCAGCAGCCCUGGCUUCCAUCUCAUGCUUCCAUUCAUCACCACCUACAAGUCUGUUCAGACGACGCUACAGACAGAUGAGGUUAAGAACGUACCAUGCGGCACAAGUGGAGGAGUGAUGAUAUACUUUGACCGCAUAGAAGUGGUGAACUACCUCGUUCCAUCAGCAGUGUUCGACAUUGUGAAAAACUUCACUGCAGACUACGACAAAGCUUUGAUAUUCAACAAGGUUCACCAUGAGCUCAACCAGUUCUGCAGCGUUCACUCGCUGCAGGAGGUUUACAUCGGCUUGUUUGACCAAAUCGAUGAAAACCUGAAGUUGACGCUUCAAGAGGAUUUGACAAACAUGGCACCUGGACUUAUCAUACAGGCGGUCCGUGUCACUAAACCCAACAUCCCAGAGAGCAUUCGACGGAACUAUGAGCUCAUGGAGAGCGAGAAGACAAAGCUGCUGAUCUCUCAACAGACACAGAAGGUUGUGGAGAAGGAGGCAGAGACCGAGCGGAUCAAAGCUGUCAUAGAGGCUGAGAAAGUGGCACAAGUGGCAGAGAUCAAGUUUGGACAGAAAGUCAUGGAGAAGGAAACUGAAAAAAGGAUCUCUCAAAUCGAAGAUGGUGCUUUCCUGGCCCGGCAGAAAGCCAAGGCAGAUGCAGAAUUCUACACAGCACAGAGAGUUGCAGAGGCAAAUAAGAUCAAGUUAACACCAGAGUACCUGCAGCUAAUGAAGUACAAGGCCAUCGCAGCCAACAGCAAAAUCUACUUUGGGAACGACAUACCCCAGAUGUUUGUGGACUCUGGCUCUGCAGGGAGCUCUAUUAAGGCCUCUGCAGCCAUGGACAUUAUUGGCGAGCAGAUGUUGGACCUGGAUUAGCGAGAAGUAAGGGAACACACAGGAGCAUCCAGGGGUGGAGGACUAUCUGCUGGAGGGCUCAGGCCUGGCCCACAUAGUGGCUGACUGCCAGGUUCCCUUCUCUGGCCCAGAGAAGCUCUGCUGACCAGGGCCUGUAUUUCUCAAACAGCUCUGAAUCACUUCUAGAAAUCACAUUCUACUUUUGACUGUAAACUUCUCCUACCUCACAGCAGAGGAUGCAUGCUAUUCAGGAGACCAGACUGAGAUUGUCUAGACUCUGGAUUUGAGAUUGAUGAUAACUUGAUAGAAUAGCAUCACCUGUGGGUUGAAAGUAAGAUUAACAGCCAAAACUGUCAUUUUGGAGGAAGCGGCCCUGCUGCUGUUCAGCUCGUAUUUUCUUCGCACCACGUGCCGUCAGUCCAUUCAGCCACAGCAACAAGGAUCACUGAUCCAUAUGAUCUGUGUAUUCAUACUGUUUGUUUACAAGCAUUUUCCUCAUUGAGCGUUUGAAGCAGGUGGGUGAUAGCAAAAUUGGAAAAUUCUGAUCAUUCAGGUGCAAUUAAUUAGAUCACAGCAACAUAAAUCGUUGUUUUAGCCGAUGUCUUUGUCCCAUGACUUGACCGUUCACAAUCCCUGCCCCCUGUUGCCUUGCCUGUCAAUUUUUUUCAUUCUUACAUGGCCCAUUUACCGAUUUGCAAUGAUAAUUCUGUUAAUUCUGAAGCAACUAUGAUGAUGACGAUUGCCAGUUAUGUUAGCCGAAACACUGUCGCUAACAGAUUUUAUCAGCACGAGCUAGCUAGGAAAUUCAAUUUGAUAUUUUCUUUAUGCAUAUCAUUCAGACCUGAUUUCAUUCUUUAAUAAGCCUGUUUGGCUAACAUUAAGCUAUCUUUUGCAACAGGUUACUGAAGUGUUAACUUCCUUAGAUCCAGUACAGAGAGCUUAGGUUGGCCUAAAACUCACUGAUGGCAUCAGGGCCCAGCCAUAACCUGUAAUCUCAGAAAGCAAAGUCAUGUAGUUUUUAAAAUGCUAACUACUGUUCUUAGAAGUAAUGCUAGUUUAUUACUGUAACCUAGCAUUAGUAGGCUAAGUUUAGAACAGUUAAACUCAUAAAAGAUUUAUUCAUUCCUAACCCUGUUUUGCACUUGUGUUUUCAGUUUAAAAAAAAUGCCAUCCUUUAAAUGUUGUUGGUUUUAUUCUUCCUACAGUGUAACACACACUACUAAAGGACAAUGGCUGUUAAAUGGGGGGGUUAAGUCAGUUGUUAUGAAUGGAGCAAUCCCAGAAAAAAAAAAAAAAAAAAAAUUUAACCCAGUGAAUCUUUUUGAAGCAAGAGUGUUAUCUUCAGACAUGUUCUAUAUACAAGUCCAGUGCGUGGAAGCUCUGCUAAAUCCGAAAAGAUUUUGAGUGACUUGACAGAGUUAAGAAAGUUAAUAAAAUGUCCAUAAUCCUCUGCUGAAAGAAGGACCAAAUAUGUUUCACUCUGAGUAUGUUAAGCCGUGAUUUCUGACUGUUUGAAAAAUACGGGCCCUGAGCAGAUAUGUGACUGCAGACAGAACGGAGGGAUGAUGAAUGUACUGUGCAGUAGCUGCUGCCUGUCAGAUGUUAUAGCAUCGCUCCAUAUGUUUGAGUUUGUUUGUUUUUGCAAAAUCAUUACUUGACCACAGGGGACCUGGUGAAUAUUAAAGGUCCAGUUUGCAGGAUUUAGUGGGAUCUACUUGCAUUAAAUGGAAUAUAAUGCUCACAAACUAUGUUUUGAUUAGUGUUCAAUCACCAGGAAAUUAAAAAUGCUGUGUCCUUAUUAGUUUAGAAUGAGCCUUUUAUAUGUAAAGAGCGUGCCAGUCUACUUCUCUUUCUACAGUAGCCCAGAAAGGACAAACUAAACACUGGCUCUAGAGAGAGACUUUUUCAUUUUGUGUUUUUUUUUUCCCUUCUUUUUUUUUUAUCAGCAACUGUGAGGAAAGAUGAGUAGAGGUAUAUUCAUUAAUCACCUUGAGAUACCAUUAAAUCCUACAAACUGGACCUGUUAACUAAUUCCUGUAAAUUUAUUAUUUUAUUAAAACGCACCACAUUUUGCUGUAUUUGUAUGUAGCACUUUCACACUGUACUUUUAGUGGAGAGACUAUAUUUGUGCAACUAUUGGUAUCUGUUUUGCAGUAGAAGUGCCCAAUUUGAAGAGAAGAUUUCACUUUACAACACAAAAACAGCAAGGUUUCAAUUACAAAACUACAGACAUGUGACAUCAGGAGAGCAUUUCUACUCAUUUUGAUCAUUUGAAGUAUCCAUUUGAAUGCAUGUUCUGUCUGACUGCACAGGAUGUGCUUUGUCAUAAACUGCCUUUGAGCCUUUGGCAACAUGAUCCGUUCCACUUCAGAAGGAAGGAAUCACUGACCUGUGUAUGACAGAUUUCUCUGUACGAGUCAGUUUUUAGAGAAAAGGACCAAAAGCCAAACUCCACUGAGUUUGUGACGUCCUCUUUUCUGUCUUCAGUGGUCUUUGUCUAACUUUGUGUUAUGUCAUUUGGCAACUGUUUAAGGAAUUUAAUUCAACAGAGGAAGGUCUUUUGUUACACAGGACAGAAUUUAUGAGUAUGACUUAUUGACCAAAUGAAAUGUUUUCCAAAGAACUACUCAUUUUGUUAUGCAGUUGAGGAGUAAAGUAUGCUGGCAUGUUUAGGCAUCGUUGAGUUUUUUUCAAAUGUAUUUGUUGGGCAGACAUGGUGCCACAGUGAGAAAUGCUUCAGUAGUCCUGAACUGUGUAACUCAAUACAACUCUUACGACUCCUUUACAGACACUGACUCAGUUGUUGUCUAAAGUCGGUCCGGUUAGAACUCAGAAUGACUUCCAGAUGUCAUUUUUAUAAGAAUUCCUCUGAGUGAUUGAGACUUAACAUGACUUGAAAGGCAAAUGUUCAUGCACUGAUUUCAAUUGUGAAUGUGCAAUCAAGAUCUUGUUUGACAAUAAAGUGCUGUUGGUUAUUCUUUGAGAAA